AUGCGUUUCUGCAGUCUUCCCACCGCUAUCCUGGCAUUGGCCAGCUUAGUUGAGUCUGCUGCGUUGCAGCCCCGUGACCUUCUUCAGGACCUACAAGAUCAAGCAUUGGCAGCACUUAAAGAGGCGGAGAGGAAUGGUACGCUUGAGAGGAGAGCUGGGUGCAAUAUUUCCACAGCGCCCGUCAGGCGAAACUGGGAUUUCAUGUCCGCAAAGGAGCGCAAAGCGUAUAGUAGCGCUGUCAAGUGUAUGUACACUUCACCUUCUAAGUCUGAUCCGACAUUGGUUCCUGGAGCUCGAUCCCGAUACGACGACUUUGUUGGACAGCACAUCAAUCAAACCAGAACCAUUCAUGGUACCGGAAACUUCUUAAGCUGGCAUAGGUACUUUGUGCAUUCCUUUGAGAAUGCACUAAGGGAAGAGUGUGGCUAUACUGGCUACCAACCGUACUGGAACUGGUUUAGUUACCAGGAUGAUCUGAGCAAGUCCCCGGUUUUCGAUGGUUCUGCUACAAGCAUGGGUGGUGAUGGCUACUAUGUCAAGCACAAUGGAAGUACUGGUGGCGGUGGCAGAAUUUAUCUACCGUCUGGCAAUGGUGGUGGCUGCAUCGAAAGCGGACCGUUCAAAAACGUGCAACUUAACCUUGGACCCAUUAGCCCUACCAUGGCCGGAGCAAACAAGUCAGCAUCAGCGCUGGCCUGGAACCCGCGCUGUGCGAAGAGGGAUCUUACCAAUUUCGCAUCUAAGACAUGGUUUACUUUCGAGAACCUGUACAACAUCACGCUUGGUGCCGCAUCUAAGGACAUUUCAUCCUUUCAAAAUGAACUUCAGGGUCGUUUUACCGAUGGCUUCCUUGGUCUUCACGCUUCGGGUCAUUUUGCCAUAGGUGGCGACAGCGGUGACCUCUACAGUAGUGUCAACGACCCCGUUUUCUUCAUGCAUCAUGCAAUGCUUGACAGAGUAUGGUGGAUCUGGCAAGCGCUGCACCUAGACCAGGCCAAGUCUGUUGAGGGAUCGCGCUCUAUGUUAGACCCGAACGGCCCAAGGACUACGCUUAAUGAUGCCAUCGAGACCAACUGGCUGAACACUCCCGAUGUCAAGAUUAGUGAUAUUAUGAGCACUCUCAGCGGAGAGCCUCUGUGCUACAUCUACUUGUAG